ACAGUCUACCUGUCCUACGGUAGCACAGGUAGCAGCUCACUUCUUCCACCUGCACUUCCACCACCACCACUGACAACAUGAAGCUCAGACUCCUGUUGGUGCUACUCCUUGUGGGGCUGCUCGGGGCAGUGGCAGAGGACCAACAAGAAGCAGAGGACGCAGGGGAUAUUGACACCCCGGAUGCUGCCGCCGAGACGAGGGGUGAGGUGAAGGCUGACGAUGACGAUGAGGACUCGAGUGAUGAGGACGAGGAUGAAGAUGAGGAGUCUGAUGAAGAUGAGAGAUCUGAUGAAGAUGAAGAUGAAGACGGGGAAGACGAGACUCCAGGCGCCGGUGAACUGCCAAACAUUAGAGAAACCGGAGCGGAACAGAAAGAGGGUAACGCUGACCUAGAAAACCCACAAGGUGAUGCCCCACUCAGCGACAGAACCGUCAGUCACUUAAGCUUCGGAAAAUGCAUCCCGACUAGCAAUUGCCAGAGUGCCAAUGGUCACUGCCGGUCCGAGGGGUGCAGCAAGUGGGAGGACGAGAUUCCCAACGGAUGCAGCGGAAACUACUGCUGGUGCUGUGCCCCCAAGAAGGAACCAGAGUGUAAAACAGACUAUCGAUGCGCUAACGAAGGUGGUAUCUGCAAGUCCAAGUGUGCCACCGGGGAGGUCGUCAACGUGUGGGGCAUCUGUGACGGCAAGGGCUGCCAAUGCUGCACGCCCAGCAAGCCAGAAUGCGUCACCGACUUCUACUGCCUGAACAAGGGAGGCAAGUGCAAGGACAAGUGUGCCUCUGGCGAACAAGACAUCAAGCAACACUGCUCCGGGAGUGGCUGCUUCUGCUGUGCCCCGAUUGUUGAGAAGUGCAAGACCAAUGAAAAUUGCAAGUGGAAAGGAGGCGAGUGCAAGGAGAGGUGCAGCUUCUACGAGGAGGAAAUUCAGAACGUGUGUGACGGCAAGAACUGUUGGUGCUGCAUCCCCAAGAAGGAAGAGAAGUGCGUGGCCGACUACAAGUGCAAGAACGCCGGAGGGUCUUGUAAGGCGAAGUGUGACCCCAACGACAAGGAGAUUAUUGGCGGCUGCUACGGGAAGGACUGCUGGUGCUGCGUGCCCAAUAAGUGUGUGGACGAGUGGUGCAGUAAGUCCGGCGGCGUGUGCAAGGAGCGGUGUGGCAGCACCGAGGAGGAGAUUAACGGGGCUUGUAAGGGACCCAACUGCUGGUGUUGUACCCCCAAGGUGGAGAAGUGCCGCAGGCUGAAGAAGUGCAAGAGUAAGGGAGGCAAGUGCAGGGAAAAGUGCCAGAUUCAUGAGAGGCCUAUCAGGAACGGUUGUGAGGGCAAGGACUGCUGGUGUUGUGCCCCCAAGCAGUGCAAGAGCAACAACCGCUGCGACAAGUACAAGGGUGUGUGUGGCAAGACGUGCGACCUCGCGAAGGAUCAGAUCAUCAAGAACGGUUGCUUCGGAUCCGGCUGCGAAUGCUGUGCCCCGAAAGGUUGCCAAAUCAAGGGCGGUUGUGCGCGUUACGGAGGUGUGUGUCGCUCUGACGGUUGUCGCUAUGGAGAGAAGGCUGACCCGUAUGGCGGCUGUUUAGGCAAGGGUUGUACCUGCUGCAUCCCUGAGAAGGAGUAUGGGCAUUAUGUAAAGGACCGCGUUUUGGAUACUGAGGAAGGUGACGACUACUAAGCCAGUCAAUGCAAACACCUGCCACUCCUUACCUAUCAACGGUAACAUCUGUCAUCUGCUACCUUUACACCACCUGCCAAUUAGUUCCCGUCUCUAACACCUGGAACUGGUAUACCACCUGCAGUGUUGAAUUUCCCACCUGUAAUUUGCAAACACCUGAGAUUUACCUGGCCAAGUGAUUUUUCCUUUUUCUCAAUUUUGUAGCUUUGUUUAUAUUCCACUUUGGGUAGUUUUUGAUGUUGGUUGCGAUCCUUUUUAAAGUAGUUAGAUCAUUCGUUAAAGUAGUGGCAAUACUCUUCUGUUUUAGUGCAGCAUUUGUUUACAUUUUGGUUGCUUGAAGUGGUUAGCUAUCGUAUUCAUCUUUAAAUAAUUGAUACGACUUUUAUUGGUGAUUUUUUGGAGUUAAUUCAGCAACAUUUAUUAUCGUUUCAAAGUAGUAGUAGUGAUGUAGGAAGGUGAGGGUUGUUGUUGCUGUUGCUGUUGUUGUAGUAAAGGCUGGCAGGUUAAUAAAAUAGUUCAAUUAGUUUUCAUUUACUAGUUCAUUUAUUUUGUCUAUUAUUUUGUUUCUUUGAUAUAAUUGGAUUAUUUAACUUUUUACGUCAUAAUCUACUUCUCUUUUUGCUUGCCGUAUUUGACUUCAUCACAUUUCUUUAUUUCAUUUUUAUCCAUUAUCCUUUUAUCUUAAGUUAUUCUUUAUCUAUCUUCCUCCAGUCUGUGUCUAUUUAUUUAUUUACCUAUCUCCAUCAAUAUACCUGUAUUUACCUACCUACCUAUCUAUCUAUAUUUAUAUCUUAUCUAUCUACUUAUUAUGUCUUCAAAUAUUGAUCCAUUAUGCAGACCCGCUUUUUAUUAUUUUUUAUUAUUUUUAAUAUUUUUAUUUAUAUUAUAAUUUUUCGGCUUUCCAUGAUUGCUUUGGUUAAUAAAUUCUGUCCUUGGCCAAUAUA